GGAAAAGCAAGUGGGGGCGGACGGACGUCGUCGUCAGCUCAGCUCAAGCUUCCCACCUCGGAACCGAAACGAGGAGCCGGCGGCGGGCGGGAUGGCGUCGGGGCUGGUAACGGAUGACGCCGGCGUGGGGCGGCUGGUCCGGAUCCGGAGCACGGUGAUGCACAUGCUGCGGGACCGGGGGUACCUGGUGGUGGAGCACGAGCUGGCCAUGACCCGCCGCGACUUCGAGCGCAAGUACGGCGAGUCCUUCCACCGCGAGGACCUCCUCAUCAACAAGUGCAAGAAGAACGACCCCAACGACCAGAUAUACGUUUUCUUCCCGAACGAUGAGAAGGUAGGGAUGAAACACAUCAAGAAGUACGUCGAAAUGAUGAACGCCGAGAAAGUCUCCAGGGCUGUGGUUGUCGUUCAACAGAACCUCACCCCAUUCGCAAAAUCGUUUCUUCAAGAGCUGGAGCCAAAGAUCCACUUGGAGGUUUUCCAGGAUGCUGAAAUGCUUAUAAACAUCAAGGAGCAUGUUCUUGUUCCCGAGCAUCAAGUGCUUACUAAUGACGAAAAGAAAACACUAUUGGAGCGGUAUACUUUAAAGGAAACUCAGCUUCCAAGAAUACAAAUUACGGAUCCCAUCGCGAGGUAUUAUGGCCUCAAACGAGGACAGGUUGUGAAGAUUAUCAGGCCCAGUGAGACAGCCGGGCGAUACGUCACAUAUCGCUAUGUCGUAUGACAGCACACGAGUGAAGUGAAGCGAAAUGAAGGAAGCAAGGAACCAUAAACAUGGUGAUUUUUGCAGUUACACACAUGACAUACAUACCCAUUUUGCUUGGAGAAACUUGUGCUGCUUCAGUUCAGAGCAGAUAUUCUUAAGGAUCACAUGCAUGGCUGCUAUGUAGGUGGACUUUUUAAUAAGCCAAUUUAGCCAAGUGUAUGGAGCAUUCACGAAAUCCUCAUGUUGUAAUUGUUUCGAGAACUGUACUAUAAAACAUACAGGACAAGAACACCUGUAUUUGAGAGCAAUUAAAGGCUCCGCAUUUCUGCUUCUUACGAUCA